GCAUGAUUUGCCUCAGUGAGGUGAACAACUGUGCAGCAGUGAUGCCCCCAGCCAGGAGUAAAUAAGGAGUGCAGCCAAAGUUAGCUAAAGAAAGCACUAUAUGUAUCUCAUUUUUACACAGAAUAAACAAUUUGAUUCUUAAUAAUGUCUGAUUUAUUGUUAAUUUACUUUUAAUGUAUUUCUUUGAGUCUGUGCCCACAACCUGGCCACCUAUUCAAAAUUUUCUAGAUCCACCCCUGAGUAAAAAAACAACCACACAACUCUCAUCACAGUUCGAUUCAAAUAGUUUCGCCCUGAUAGGAGCAUGUAGGUCACAUCAAACUGUUUUCAUCUGGGCCCUGCAAGCCAGUGAGAAAAAGACAUAAAUAUGAAAAAGGAGAAAAUAUGUCCUAAUGUCAGACUUGCACCCCAUCACUCCAAGUAAAGAUCUAAUGAGAAAACACAUUUUCAGAACCUUUAGAAUCUAUUUGAUUUAUUUACACAAUUAGGGUAUCAACUCCUGUGUCUGCUUUCUUACAGCAACUCAUAACUGACAACUUCCCAAAAGUGAGCAGCAGCGGUAUGUGGUGGCAGGAUGGAUUCUGGAUCGGCCUCACUGGCGUCAUCAUGCGGGGAACAUGGGUCUGGGUUAACAAUGUGACUGAGACAGAAACAAUGUAAGCACCUCACAGACUGGACUGUUAUCACUAUUAAUUGCUAUAGUUUGAAUUCUAAUCGUCAUGACUAACAAAUACAAUGGAACUAAAUUCUGAUCUGAAUAAUUUUGAUUUGUUCAAGGUACUGGAGAUCUGGACAGCCUAACCCUAGUGGACCUCAGAGUGGGAACUGUGCUGCAUUUUAUUAUUAUAUUGAUGCCAGGGGUACAUGGUACAAUGGAAACUGCCAAGACCAUCUACUGAAUUGGAUAUGUGAGAAGGAGCCAGUGCAGGCGUGAGAUCUCCCAAGUCACAGUAACUGAACAGCAACUUGUGUGAGUCUAGGCAAAAAUUGUACAAAUGAACAAACUACAGCACAAUAUCAAAGACACUGUAUGUGAUAUUUUUCACUUCUUCAGGUAUGUAUGGAAUGAGAAGACGUGUGUGCACUGCAGUAGUUGCCCUGCAAUAAUUAUAUUCAGCUGUUUGAGGUGCAAAAAUGCCAAAAAUCUUUACAAUACUCAGUAGAACCAAAUAAACAUGCUCAUGGUACCAUUUCAUUAACGUGUUGAUUGAUUCCCCUGGAGGUGUAUACCAAUAGCUGAAUAAAUGAGCUGGGUUCAUCCUGGUGAGUACAACAGGUCAUUCUUGUUUCAAUGAAACAAAAAGAAAUAACUAAAGAAUCAUGUCAGAUAAACUGGAUAAACGAGAAAUCGUCUCUUUUAGGUGGCCAGAAAAUGACACCCCCUGUAAAUAUUUAACAAAUGAACUUGAUUUUCUGUUUGUAGUGUUACACACACACAGGACAAUGACCUGACAAACAGUCUCUCUGGAACAAACACGUUAGACUGAUUUCAUCUUAACAGUCACAAUGGGAGACAAAGAAAAUUUGGGUGGCACUUUUGAUGGCGUCUAUAACAAACUGGUUUAUCAAGAGGAAUUCAGCACAGAUGAGCAUCCUCUCUAUUCAAGCCAAGAUAAGCAACAAGUGUCCAUGUCCAUGCUGAGACCUGAAUCCAGUCUAAAUCAUUACAAACAGCUUGCAGUGAGCCUGGCAGUGCUUGCUCUCAUUCUACUGGCAGUUGAUAUUGGCCUGGGAGCCUAUUACAGCAAACUUACUGGUGGAUACCACACAGUAGCGGACAUCAGCAGUGAGGUGGCCAAAUUGCAGGCUACUUACAACGCCGCAGUCCAGAGCAGGGAUGAAGCCAAGAACCAGCUGGCAAAAGAGAUCUCCGAGCAGCAACUCGUCAAGUGGGAGCUCGAACACCAGACCAGAAGAAGCAAAGACUAUGAAAAGCACAGUGACAAAAUUCAAAUGGAAAUUGCAGCAUUGAAAUCUCACAUGCCAAUGAUUAGGGAAGGCUGCAGACACUGCUUACCAGGAUGGACUUUCAUGAACUCAGUGUGUUACUACUUCGCUUUCUCUGAGGCCCUUUCUCGCAGAUCAUGGCAGGACGCCAGAGAGUUCUGUAAGAAACGAGGAGCUGAUUUGGCAGUGAUAGACAGCAGAGAGAAAAAUCUUGCAGUAAGUAACUUGAUAAAUAGUUAUCAAGACUCCUCGAGAGCCAUUGUCCAGAGUGGCUUCUGGAUUGGCCUGAGAGAUGUGGAGGAUGAAGGGAUUUGGAAAUGGCUCGACGGAACCAGGCUGACUGAGGGGUUCUGGAAUGACGGCGAGCCCAACAACAAUGGUGAUGAGGACUGUGCAGCUACGUAUCCCAGACGCAACAUGUUUAAGGCCUGGAACGAUGCUCCAUGUAAUCAUGACUUGAAAUGGAUUUGUGAAAUGGCACCGAGGCUUGCAAGUUAA